GACAUGCUUACAACUUACAGAGUGAAGUUUACAUUAGUCGCAAUUAAGUAUAAUAUCAGUUCUGUUGAAUCAAUCGUACUCGAAUUAUCAUCAUGAGUUGAUUGGUCUCCUUUGUGUGCUGAUUAGUGUUUAUUCAACAUGGAAACAUUGAAGAAAAGAAAACUGUUAUCUCAUUUUAUCUUAAAACUAUAACCUAUAAUUUAAUCUUUCGAUAGUGAUAUCAAGGAGGUCAACAAGAUAUUUUAUGUGGUCUUGAGUGCUUGGUGCUUAAUUUAUAAAAAUAUUGCCUUUACUCAGCAUCUAAUUUAAAAAAUUAGUUUCUUGAACUAUACAAAUAUGAACAGAACGCCUAUCUUACUUUAUUGAUAGCCUAUGUUAAAAGUUUUUCUUGUGCACAGUGGUUCUAUAAAUAAAGUAAUUUACAUACCAACACCUGAGCCUAUCCCUAUGUUCAAAACUAACAAUUCUUGUAAGGCUAGGAUAUUUUAUCAUCUUUGUCCAAAAGUUUCACCUGAGGUCACAAGCCUAAGUGUACAUCGUCUGGAAGAGUUCUAGAGCGGAAGAGAUUUUGCAUGUCUCAAAAAAGAUUAGAAAAAUAAGUUUAAAUUGGCCUUUAAGGCAUGGUAUUCUUGUCUCGUGUGUUUAAAUUAUAAUGGCAGAAGAUAUUGUCCAUGAUCUAAAAGAAUAUGUCGGAAAUUCCCCAGUCUUGAAGGCGUUUCUGGCUGGCUCUAUCUCAGGAACAUGUUCUACUGUUCUGUUUCAACCUCUUGAUCUUGUCAAGACUCGUCUACAGUCUACAAAACACGUCGCCACUCUUGCUCGACCAAGAAUUGCUAGCACUAUUGGUAUGAUGGAAACCUUCAACAGUAUUAUACAAAAAGAGCACCUGUUUGCUCUUUGGAAAGGAAUGAUUCCAAGUUUGACCAGGUGUGUGCCAGGGGUUGGUUUGUACUUUGGCUCCAUGCACUGGAUGAAGUCCAAGUUCACAGAUGGGCGACCGACAGCUACACAGGCAAUGAUGAUUGGCAUCGUGGCUCGUUCCAUCAGCGGCAUCUGUCUCAUCCCCAUCACUGUAGUGAAGACUCGUGUUGAGAGUGGAGAGUACAAGUAUCAUGGCGUGGUGGAUGCCCUGAGACAUAUCUACCGUGCAGAGGGUGUCCGAGGACUGAGUUGUGGUCUUCUACCUACACUGUUCCGUGACGCUCCAUUCUCCGGCCUAUAUCUGGUGUUUUACAGCCAGAUAAAACAGACGCUGCCUAAAGAAGUGCUCACUGGAGAGAUGGCUGCUGCCACCCACUUCACCGUGGGUUUACUGGCUGGAGCAUUGGCAUCUCUGGUGACACAACCGGCCGAUGUCAUCAAGACCAAGAUGCAGUUGGAUCCACAGCAGUACAAGAGUAUUCCGAAUGUGGUGGUACUAGUUUAUCAGAAAUACGGUGUCUGUGGUUACUUCAAGGGGUUGAUUCCUAGAAUGUUACGUAGGACUUUGAUAGCUGCAAUGGCCUGGACUAUUUACGAACAGUUGACUCAGUCCAUUGGUCUGAAAUGAAAAGAAAUAUAGAAGAAUUCACCAUUCUGGAAACGUUUGGUGUGUAGAUGAAUUACCUACUGCAACAGUCGGAGUCCCAGUUGCAUAUUAAUUCUCCGCCGUUCCAUAGUAGUAACAAGAACAUCACCUGUUACGUAAACAUAUGUUGUAAGACAGCAGCCCAGAACACAUAUCAGUCCAAAGUCCAAAGUCAGUGACUAACACGUCUUAGGUUUAGGCGUUAAGUUAAGUGCAGUUCUGAUUGGAUGUUAACCUGUCAUUGAAGAGUUGAAUUAGUACCGAUAGGGGAAAUAACCAGCCAAGCAUAAUACUGCUAGACUAAUCGUAAUAAACAUUUAAAGCUGAGAGUUAAAAUGUUGAUUCAAACCACUGUGCUGUAAUGAAUAUCUGGAGGUAGCACUUCUCGAGGGAAUUUUGUGCCGCUGACGGCCAAAUGGUCGUCCUGGGAUGGAAUAUGUCGAAGUGGAAAAAUGUAAAUCCAACCGUAUGAAAAUUUGUUAAAAUCACAUUGAUUUAUGUAACUUAUGUGUUAACUUUGCAAACAAACAAUUGAUUUUAUUUGAAGUUAGACAAAACAAGGGAUAGAGCAACACAACUUAUUUAAUUAAUAAUGCUGAUUGAAAAACUGAAUUAAGUAUUUACACACUCUGGACUAGGACACCAUCACUUUACAAACCAGCUCGUGUGAAGUAUUCAAACUCUAAACUAGUGUUCCUUCCUGCAGUUGCAAUCACCACCCUUUUAUGUUGUCCACAACAACUGUUAACUUCUUCAAUUUUUAUGGUAGUUAAAACCAUAGAGUUUUUUUAGCUCUUUGUACAUCAGAAAAUAUAUUGCUGAACUGUAGUUUUGGAUAAUAGACGAAUCACUCUAGAUAGUGUAGAUGAAAUUGUUUCAAUUUUGAUUAUGUGGUGUGAUAAUUAAUAAUUAUUUUUUUAGUUUUCAAAUUGUUACUUAGUUUAAAUUACUUAAGUUUGGUCUACCGAGGAUUAACUUCUUGAAACCUUUAUGAAGUUAGUAAACUACUUAAGUGCCUUGGAGAAAUUUAUUCUUGAAGGCCUAGAUGUCUGAAUAAUCACACCAUUUAAAAGCUCUUAAAAAGAUUAAUUUUCUCAUAUAAACACAGUUAAUUACUGGGCGGCAGUCUUGAGUUUAAAUAUUGUUAUACUCCGUUCACAAAAUGUAUGCGGUUUUAGGGGAAGAAAUCUAUCUUCUCCACGAAUUGAUCGUAUAAUUAAAACAAUAGCUCAACAGCUGAAAUUUUGAAGCAGAAAAAAGUGGUGGGGGGACUUCCUCUCAAACUGCCUACAUAUUGUGAACAGAGUAUAGUAUUGUACAAAUAUAUAACAAACAAAGCUAUAUAGAUGAAUCAGCUGUGAUAUGUACUUUUUAACAAUUAUGUUCAUUGCAUAAAGUAAUUUGUUUUCAUUCGAUUUAAAACACAUUUUUGUGUAAACUAUAAAUAAAAAUUUACUUUAAAAUAUAAUAUAUCUAAAUAUGCCUAGUUAUUUAGUAUUUGGAAUUAGUAUUAAAAUGACUUAAGAUGGAACUGUAGUUUUAAGUUCCAUUACAUAUUUUACUUAGAGUUUUAGCAGUAUUUAUUUAGAGCCUAAUCAAAAUGUAACGUUUAGUGAUUCUUUUAAUAGCUACCCUAUUCGUCAUAGCUUAAAAGAAAAAAUUAUUAGUUUAUAAUCAACACUAAUGUCACUGAUGUUGGUUGAUUAACAUGAUCAUUGUAAUUAUUUUUAUAAAAGUAAAGACCAAUGUAUUUUGUAUUUAACUAAACUUUUGAUAAGUCUCUACGGUGUAAAAACUUUGUCUUUCACACAAAAACAGGCUAGUGUUUUAAAGUGUAGUUGUAUUUAUUUUGCCAAAGAUAUGUUAUUUUAGUUUUAAGUGUUGUUAUGUUUUAAGAUUAAAUGUUAUAGGUGAUGGAACCUAGAUCGAGAAUAGAGGUUGUGAUGGUAGUAAUUGGUUUUCAUGGAAAACAAUGCUGCUCAAAUAUGAUAACAGAAAAUUGUGAGUGAAAGUUUACAAGUGGAUCAACAAUAUUGAUGUUGUGAAACUUUAUCAUUCUUUGUUUUCUUCCCUUGAGAAGAGCUCGUGAAACACUCAUUAGUUGGACGUUGACACAUUUAUUUUAAACCUCUGAGUUAGCUAUAAAAUAGCACUGAAAUAAUCUCAAAAUUUUUACAAGCUUAUCAGUUUUAAAAUUGUUUGUAUGUUGACCAAAGGUUUUUUUAUUUGUUACCAGUUACCACAAAUACAGGGUGCGCCAAAAUAACCGGUUUUAAUACUAAAUAGCUCAAUAACAAAAUACAAUUUUAUGUAUUAUAUUGUACACACUACUAUGCCAUUUUCAUUUGUAAACAAUUAUAUCACUUAGGUCCUAAACGUAGGUUUCCGAUUUUUUUGCAUAUUUGGAGUCACCUUUGCCUUUUGAAUAGAAGCAAUCUCUUCCUGGAGUUCAGGGAAGGUUAAAAAUUUCAAAACAAACACUUUGCUCUUUAAGUAGCCCCACAGUCAACAGUCACACAAAAUUAAGUCUUACCAAACCAAGAGAUCACUUUACUGGGAAAAAGUUCACACAAAACUGUCAUUGAAUAAUUGGCAGUGUGACAAAUUGCGCCGUCCUGUUGAAACCAUGUGUUGUUCAUGUCUAUCCCUCCUAACAUUCACAGUUGUGGAACCAAAACCCCCUCAGUAUUGCCACAUAGCGUUGAUAUAUUACAGCGACAGGGGGGUGUUCCCCCUUUUGUCAAAAACAUAUGGUCCAAUGACUCAAAACCGUGCCACACCACCACUAGACAGUAACUUUCUUUCAACGAAGUGAUAUUUUACCAAACAUAACCUAAAAAUGGCAUAACAUAAGCAAUCGUUCACUACAUAAAUGAGGUCUCUAGCUUGUAUAACAGCUGACUUAUUACAAAACAGAAACCGCCAGGUUUUUUUGGCGCACCCUUUCCAUACCUAAAUUAACUUUUAUUUUGCUUAUUUCAACAUUAUUGGAUAUUUCAUCCUGAAAAUAUUAUCUUAAAACUCAAGGGCUUGUAUACCUUUUCUUAGUGAUAAAUUUAAUCUCCAGUGGCCUUUUGAAUUGAAGUAAUAUCUAGAGAUUGUUGAUUACUGUUUUGUUGGAGUUGCAUAUAAGACUGCAUGUAUCGAUUUCAUAUUUUGUAAAUAAAUGUUUUGUUUUAAACUUGA